AUGUCCCUGCAGGCCCAGAGAGCCGCUCUACUGUUCUUCUUGCUGUGCUCCUUCGCCGUGGCCAAGCAAGCCGUGCCGGAGUGUUGCCGCCAAAAGAGCUGCUCGUGCCGCAUUUUCGAUCUGCUGCACGGGAUGGGCAACCACGCUGCCGGCAUCCUGACUGUCGGCAAGCGCAGCAGCGCCCCGUCCGCCACGGCCUUCCGGAGCCGGCUCUACCGCCUCUUGCACAGCUCGGAUAACCAGGCCGCUGGGAUCCUCACCAUGGGCAAGAGGGCGGGCGAGGGGGCCUUGGAGCACGAGGAGCAUGUCUCCAGCAGCACCCAGGUGACGCCGGCGCCGUAUACUGUUGGGCCCGGUCUAGCCAGGGGCUGCCCGACACCCCUGGAAAAGGACUUGCCGUCCAGCUCAAAGUCUGGUGCUGCUGCAGAUACCAUUUACUGA